GUCCUCCUCCAGAUCUGCCGCCGAACAAGCACUUUCCAGUUGAAACUCUUUCUUCCGUCAAGUCACCAGAACCUCCAGACCCACCAGACGCCUCCGUCAGCCUUGUUCUUCUUCAAAUCUUCGUUACUUCUUCCAGAUCUUCUCCACAAGCUCCUCAAAUCCUAGAUCUAAUGCUUAAUCUUUCAAGGGUGUCAAGUAAGCUCAGUGAUGGUGAUGCUGGCAUUCUUUUCAUGUGGUAUACAGGUCGUAUCCUUGUCAGCUCGGGAAUGGGUCUUCUCACAGCUAUUGUUCAUGCCUUCUGUUAAUCCAUUCGCUUAUAGACGUCCAGGCUCAGCAUCUUGGUGUCACAUCACCUCUACUAUUCUUAGUUGUGUCGAGAUACGAGGACGUCUCUGCAAUGUGGAUGCAGCUUGGGAUGCCAAGUCUAGGCACUGCGACAUUGGAGGCAUCUUUUCGGCUACUGCCGUCUACUCAACGUCCGAUUCCUGGCAGUUCUCUCUGAUUCUCUAUCACUCAUCAAGCUAUUGAAGAAUGGUGGAUUUCAGCCGGAACUUUUCGGUAUCAUGUUUAAUAUCUAUCACUACUUGACUUACUUUGAUGUUAUCUCUUGUAAUUUCAUUUUCCGAAACUUCAAUGGAGUGGCUGAUGCAGUAGCAAAAUCAGCUUUCUCUUUGGUUGUAACCAUACUAGUUGGGUGAAAACUUAUGUAUUUUCUUGAGUUGUAAAUGUACAUAUCAUAAUCUAUAUAUACAACAGUUUGUUUA